AUGCGAGACCUGAGCCAUGCUGUUGGGGUGGCAGAAAGGGAUGUUUCGGAUCAGCAGAAGCGGAACACUGUCCUGCCCUAUGUGUCCGUGUCCCUGUGGGUGCUGCUGGAGAAGGCAGUCCUGCUGUCCCCCUGCCUGGCCUGCCCAACAGGGACGUUCAAGGCCAGCCAGGGUACAGGAGUCUGCAUGCUGUGCCCCUCCAACAGCCGCUCCACUGCCGAGGCUUCGCCAGUCUGCAUGUGCCGCAAUGGUAACACCCGGGGUUCCCCGCCGGCAGCUGCCUGCACCAGCGUCCCAUCUGGCCCCCGUAAUGUCAUCUCCAUUGUCAAUGAGACAUCCAUCAUCCUGGAGUGGCACCCGCCACGAGAGACUGGGGGUCGGGAUGAUGUCACUUACAACAUUGUCUGCAAGAAGUGCCGGUCGGACCGACGCGCCUGCUCCCGCUGCGACGACAACGUGGACUUUGUCCCCAGGCAGCUGGGGCUGACGGAGACCCGGGUCUUCAUCAGCAACCUGUGGGCACACACACCCUACACCUUUGAGAUCCAGGCUGUCAACGGGGUUUCCAACAAGAGCCCCUUCCCACCGCAGCAUGUUUCUGUCAACAUCACCACCAACCAAGCCGCACCCUCCACUGUCCCCAUCAUGCACCAGGUGAGCGCCACAAUGAGGAGCAUCACACUUUCCUGGCCUCAGCCUGAGCAGCCCAAUGGCAUCAUCCUGGACUAUGAGAUCCGCUACUAUGAGAAGGUGAGCCGCAUCUGCACACCUGACGUCAGCAGCAGUGUGGGCUCCAGGCCAGCAGCGGACCACAACGAGUACAACUCCUCCAUGGCCCGCAGCCAGACCAACACGGCCAGGAUCGAGGGGCUGCGACCUGGCAUGGUGUACGUGGUGCAGGUGCGAGCCCGCACCGUGGCUGGCUAUGGCAAGUACAGCGGGAAGAUGUGCUUCCAGACGCUGACGGAUGAUGACUACAAGUCAGAGCUGAGAGAGCAGCUGCCUUUGAUCGCAGGGUCCGCAGCGGCCGGGGUUGUCUUCAUUGUCUCGCUGGUGGCCAUUUCCAUUGUCUGCAGCAGGAAGCGUGCCUACAGCAAGGAGGCGGUGUACAGCGAUAAAUUACAGCACUACAGCACUGGGCGAGGGUCUCCAGGGAUGAAGAUCUACAUUGACCCCUUCACUUACGAGGAUCCCAAUGAGGCGGUCCGAGAAUUUGCCAAGGAGAUCGAUGUAUCCUUUGUGAAGAUCGAAGAAGUCAUUGGAGCAGGGGAGUUUGGAGAAGUGUAUAAAGGACGCCUGAAGUUGCCUAGCAAGCGGGAGAUCUACGUGGCCAUCAAAACACUUAAAGCUGGCUACUCUGAGAAGCAGCGCCGGGAUUUCCUGAGCGAGGCCAGCAUCAUGGGGCAGUUCGACCACCCCAACAUCAUUCGGCUGGAAGGAGUGGUGACCAAAAGCCGACCGGUCAUGAUCAUCACAGAGUUCAUGGAGAAUGGGGCCCUGGACUCGUUCCUGCGGCAAAAUGACGGGCAGUUCACAGUGAUCCAGCUGGUGGGGAUGCUCAGAGGAAUUGCUGCCGGGAUGAAGUACCUUGCGGAGAUGAAUUACGUGCAUCGAGAUCUGGCUGCCAGGAACAUUCUGGUCAACAGCAACCUGGUGUGCAAGGUGUCAGACUUCGGCCUCUCGCGCUACCUGCAGGACGAUACGUCUGACCCCACCUACACCAGCUCCUUG